AUGAGUUUCAACGGCGCGAACUGUAUCCUCUUACCGGCUCUCGAAGCAGUUGUCGCACACUAUCUGCUUGCGGAAUGCCUACCGAAUGCCUCUCUCACUAUGUACUGGCUCGCUUUUACCAUUCUGAACAGCACUGUCCUGGUCUUCUACAACAUGGUCCUCCGUCCUUUCUUCCUCAGCCCACUGCGCAAGCUGCCGCAACCCAAAGGCUUCAUUCCACUCUUCGGCCACGGACGGUUGCUAUUGAAGAAGCGUCAGUCAGGCCGGGAUUGGCAUCUGCAAACCAUGAAGACAGUGCCUCAUGACGGCAUCAUCCUCCGGCGAGGGUUUCUUCACAGUACAAGACUUAUCCCGACUACGCCAGCGGCACUGGCAGAUGUACUGGUACAUAAGAGCUAUGACUACGAGAAACCGUCUCGAGCAAGAAGGUUCCUGAUGAGGUUCCUGGGAGAGGGCCUGUUGCUGAGUGAAGGAGAGGAGCACAGGUUCCAGCGGAAGAGGUUAGCGCCUGCAUUUCACUUCCGAAAUGUGAAAGAGUUGUAUCCGGUGUUUUGCGCAAAGUCGAUGGAGUUCUGCGGCGCGAUUGGGCAGGAGCUCAGUGGGCGACCGGAUGGCGUACUGAAUAUCUGCCGCUAUACAUCGCGGGUAACGCUAGAUCUCAUCUGUCUCGCUGGAAUGGGUCGAGAUACCGGGUCUUUGUGGAACAGUGAAGACGACUUGAUAAAGAACUACGAGGAGAUUCUGGAGCCGACAAAGGAGAAGAUGGCGUAUUAUACGGCCAACAUCGUUCUACCCCCAUGGUUGGUCGGCAUGCUACCAUGGAAACUGCAUGAGCGGGUGAAGGUCACGACGGGGAAUUUGCGCAGGAUAUGUUCGGAGAUUGUAGCGGAGCGGAAGGCGAAGAUGGAAAGUAAGGAUGUCGAGGGUCGUGACAUCUUGUCGAUCAUGAUCCGCGACAACCUGCUGUCGGACAAUCAUUUUGCAGACCAACUUCUCACUUUACUAGCCGCAGGUCACGAAAGCACGUCAUCUGCCCUGACAUGGGCGUCAUACAUGCUGGCUCAGCACCCAGCCAUCCAAACCCGCCUUCGCUGCGAGAUCCAGCAAUGUACCCCUGAUUCGAAAGUUCUCUCAGAUUCCAGCUCCGAUGCCGCCAGCCUCUUGGAAAGUAUGCUCUACCUCAACUGUGUCUGCAACGAAGUCCUGCGCCUCUUCCCUCCAGUCUCCAUCACAGCGCGCGUCGCCAUCCGUGACAUGGUAGUCUGUGGCCAAGUCAUACCUGGAAGUACGAUGCUAUGGAUCGCUCCAUGGGCGAUAAACCGCAAUCUGCAGCUGUGGGGCCCUGACUCCGAAGAGUGCGUACCCGAGCGCUGGAUCGACAGCAAGAUGGGGCGCGCGACGAUGAACGGUGGGGCCGGCAGAGAGAGAUUCGCAAGAGCCGAGCUGAGGGGGCUUGUGGGGAGUUUCGACCUGGAACUGGAAAAUCCUGAAGAGAAGGUUGUCGUAAGUGGUGCGAUUGCUAGUAAGCCGAGGAAUGGCAUGCGGCUUAAGCUGAAGAAUGUGCAGUGGGACCCAUGA